AUGGCGGCCGCUGGGGUGGGUGUCGAGAAUGUCACCAUCCAGCUGGACCUAGAUGGUGCCUUCUACUUUACCCACCUUGUCAUGGCUUUCAAAACAUUCUGCCCAACAGCUCUGCUCCUCAAGCGCUCAGGGAACCAUGGCCACUCCUGGCACGUGUAUCGAUACUUUGUCCACAAUCGCUCGGGCCUCUUCCCUGGGAUCCCUCCUGCACCUGGCCACAGGGUCAGUGACCUCAUCUGUGACCAGCGCUACUCGGACAUGGAACCUUCCACUGAGGGCGAGGUAAUCUUCAAAGUGCUAGACUCAGCCAUUCGAAUGGAGGACCUAAACAGUCCCCAGAUUCAGGAGCUCCUGCACGUGACCAACCUCAGUGUGAACUUCUCCAAACUGCACAUGUUGGGUGACAGGCCCCUAGGGGGCCUCAAGGGACAACCUUUCUACUAUGCCAUUUAUGAGCUUGUGGCCUGGGGCAGCUGCUUGUGCCAGGGCCACACGUCUGAGUGCAGGCCCGCACCAGGGGCCCCAGCCAGUGUGGAAGGCAUGGUGCAUGGCCUCUGUGUCUGCUGCCACCGUACAGCUGGUGCCAACUGUGAGUGCUGCCAGGACCUGCACCAGGACCACCCAUGGUGUGCAGCAGAGCCUGGGCACCCCCAUGCCUGCCUGGAAUGCGAGUGCCAUGGGCAUGCCCGCAGCUGCCAUGACAUAGCCAUAUAUCUGGCAUCUGGCAAUGCGAGUGGAGGCAUAUGUGAUGCAUGUCAGCACAACACAGCUGGGCGCCACUGGCAGCUCUGCUGGCCCUUCUUCCACCGUGAUCCCUGGCAGGAUCCCCGUUCCCCUCGCUCCUGCAGAUCUUGCAUCUGUGACCCCGCGGGUGCUCUGGAAGGGAGUUUGUGUGAUACCUGUACAGGCGAGACCCGUGGCCUCUCUGGGCAAUGUCACUGCAAAAGUCACGUCUGGGGCCAACGCUGUGACUCCUGGCAGCUGGGUCACUAUGGCCUGAGCCCCACCCAGUCAGAAGGCUGCCAGCGUGUGACCCCUGCGGCUUGGUCCCUGGCACUCAUGCCUUUGAACCCUCCAGUGGCAUCUGCCACUGCAAACACUUUGUCUCUGAACAAGGCUGCAGCUGAUGUCUGGUGUUCUGCAGGGGAGGGCCUCUGCCUGUGCCGCCCUCACCUCCGCGGCUGCCGCUGCCAUGAACUCCAAUCUGGGCAUUUCUGCGCUGUCCUGGACCAGGCCACGACUGAGGCUGAGCUUGGCCAGGGUCUCCAGCCAGCUGACCCCCAGCUGCCUGGAGCCCCUUGGCCUACACCUCCCUACUGCACACAAGCCCCAGGGACCUCUGCUGGCUGGCUCCAGCUUUGGCUUCGGAGACAGCAUGACCCUCGAUGUGCCUUCCACCCUGCCUGGCAAGCCCGUUACAGCCGCCAGCUGCCCAAGGUCCCAGCAGAGCCUCUGCCCCGGCAUCAGGGGGCUGGCCCCGCACUGUGGAAUGGCUUGAACUUUGCACAUGUGUUUAAUGAGGCUGGCCUCUCCCUGCUGGCACCUGCAGUGCCUCAUGCCCUGGAGUAUGACAUUGUCCUGUGCUGUGAGACCCAAGUCAGUGGCAUUGGUGCCAGGUACCUGAAGACUGGCAAGCAUUGGUCAGUGUCCAUGCCCAAUCCUUACCCAGCAGUACCCGCUGUGCCCAUGUGCUGCCCUCAGAGCACCUGUUCCAGGCAGCCCUGCCCCAUGCAUAGAGCAUGUGAGUGCCACCCCGGUUCAUUGAGCACUGAGUGUGCCUUGCUGGGUGAGCAGUGUCCCUGCUGUCCCCACAUCAUUGGUCAUACCUGUGACCACUGUGUGCCCGGGACGUAUGGCUUUGGGCCCACCAGCUGCAGUGGUGAGUCUUCAGGGCCAUGUCACUGCCAUGCUGAGGGUGCCACCAGUGCCAUCUGCAACCCUCUAAGUGGGCAGUGCACGUGCCGGGCAGGCGUCGCAGGUUGCCGCUGUGACCACUGCCUCCCUGGCCAGUGGGGAUUCCCUCACUGUCAGCCCUGUGCCUGAGGGCAUGCUGAAUUCUGCCAUCCACUUACGGGCAUCUGCCAGGCCUGCCACGGGACCCCCCCUGGCCAGCACUGCGAGAGUUAACCAUGUGCUACUGCCCCCAGGUGCCUGGACGGCUGCUACGAAGACCCUGUCCUGGGCUCAGGCCAGCAGUGCAGGCCCUGCCCCUGUCCCGGGUACCCUGGCUCUGGCCUCUAUCGUGGGAGUUCCUGCCACGGGGACAACAUGAAUGGGCGUGUCGUGUGCCUCUGUGUGCCUGGCUAUGCAGCUAUUUCGGGUGCCCUUGGCCACAAGGGGACCCCAGAAGGAGUCCAUGCCAGCCCUGCCAGUGCAACAACAAUAUCGAUCCCCAUGACCCCACCGCCUGCGACCCCCACACUGGACAAUGCUAGCGCCGUCUGCACCACAACCAUGGCCCUGGCUGUGCCCACUGCAGGCCUGGCUUCCAUGGCAGUGCCCUGCACCCAGGAGGCUGCCAGCGUGAGUGGCUGUGAUUCCUGGGGCACUGUCCCCACGUGGUGCCCAUCUGGGGCCAAAGCCUGCUUCUGCAACCAGUGCCUGGGUGUGAGCGAACGUGUGGACACCUAUGAUGAGGUGUGA